GAAGAACAAGAACAAGAUUUUUGAAUGUAACAGAGAGCAGCUUUGAGAGAAAGUAAGUGGUUUGGCUGGCUUUAUUGACACAUAUUGACAUACUCAGGCUGGCUUUAUUGCCACAUAUUGACAUAUUUAGGCUUUUAUUCACAAAGAGGAGUAGAGAGCAGUUGAAAUUAAUGCUUUGAUCCUUUUCUGAAAUGUUUGAUUUUGGAGUUGUGGAUUUGUAUCAGCUAUUUUCAAUCGUUCGGGAUGCUCAGUCUGUUUUUAAACAAGCAGAUUUUUCUGUGGUCUGAAUUAGUUAAAUUUGUUGUUUGUUUUAUUUAUUUUGAGGAAGACCAGCCUGGCCUGUGGUACAGAGAUCCAUUGACUAGUGUUUGUGCCUUUUUACAAAAAAUGUCCGGUAAAACCAACAGCGUGUGCCCGCUUUGCAAGAUUUCUUUCAUUCAGCUUGGAAAGCACCUGAGGGCGACUCACAAUGUAUUAAACUUAAAAGAGAAAAAUAUUCUAGCAAGGCUGGGGUCCAAAAAAAUGUCAAUUAGGGAUUGUCCAUGUCCGGUUCCCGGAUGCAAUUAUCUGUCUGGGAAACACCUCGACCGUCACCUGCUUAGCUACCAUAGUGAACUAAGCAACGAAAAUAGGAGCAAAAUGGCAGAACAUGCCAGAUUCCUACUGGCUCUCAACCAACUGGCGAAGCUGCGUGCCUCCAACCCCAGCACACCGAUGGUUUCCACCUUAGAUUUGGAAAACCCUCCCCAACCAGCCAUUAAUGAGCCUCAGGUGGCGGAGCCAGCAGAAGACGAAAUGGAUCUUGAGCAAUGUCGGCAUGCCUUGGCCAGGUACAAAGAGGAGGUGGUGCACCUGAGGAGGGAAAAUAUGGAGCUUUGUGGCAGGGUCCAGGAGCUCAACCAGGCUCUGAGCACUGCUAAACGGAUUGCUGCUGGCUUGAAAAAAGGCCCAGCGGUGGUCAGCAAAUCUGUGCUCCAUCCCUGCAGAACAUCUGCUGGGACCAGCAAGGAACAGGGGGGUGAUGCCCAGCAGUCAACGUCAGACCUUCUGGAGCUCUCUGCAGACCGCCCUCCAUCCAGUCCUCCAUCACCUGCAGAGUCCUCCAAUGUUAGCCCAGACGUAUCUACAGCCUCAUCUGUGCACAAGGACGAGGAGGAGAAGAUGAUGGAGGAGGAAAUUCUGUUGAAGCCUAAAAUGAGCGAUCAUCCUCGCAUUCGUAGGCGCAGCUCAACAACUCGGAAGCUCCCUAUGACCUCCAGUGGUUGGUGCACAUGGAGCACCGGAAGAGGAAGGGGAAACCUGAUGCACCGGCUGGUGCUGCCCCGCUCCAUGGAGGCCUACGUAGAACGUUACCGUAGCUACCACACCAGCAGGUAUGGCAGCAGUAAAAUGAGGGAGGGGGUGGUGAGCAGAAUCAGCAGGCUGAAGAGCUUCUUGCGUUACAUGGCGGAUGGGCACAAGCUCAUUUCAAACUGGAAAUUUAUGUUCCACAUUGGCCGCAUCAACAGAUGGUUAGUGGAGCUGAGCAAAAGUGGGAAAGAGGUAACCACUCAGCAGUUCUACAUUUACCAGCUCCAACAAUUCAUAAGUUACCUGAAAAGGAACCGCCCCGACAGCUGCAGGCUCACCAACAAACAAAUUUCUCAAAUCCUUGAUCUUUUGGAAAAGGCAAGGAGGGACCUGAAAAGGGCCAUUUUUCUUCACCAAAAUAGAGUGAAGAGGGCCAAAAUGAAUCAAGUGCCACAGCAGGACUCAAUCCUACGCUGAAUCCACCUGGCACCUGGAUUCAUUGAGGAGUGAUUGGAGAAGCUGGAGAAGGAGCCAAAAAAUAGCUCCAUACGCUACCAGCUAUACGGGUACCUGACCGCAUACUGGGCAUGUGUCAGUGGACACAGGCCAGGUGUGUUCAUCAACAUGUUGGACACAGAGGUGGACGCAGGAGCCAAGGAGGAGACAUCGGAGGGUGUUCUCAUUAGGGUGGCUGAGCACAAGACCUCGGCACAAUUUGGAGAGGCUACCCUUGCACUCACGCAGAGGGAGUUCAGCUGGGUGAAGAGGCUGAGGGACAUAAAGAGCAGGCUGUCCAUAAAAAACAAGUAUCUGCUAUUCACCAUGGGAAAACUGCUAUUCAGAAAUAUUGUGCGCUACCUUAAUUUUGUAUGGAAGAAGAUGGGGCUGGGGAGCGCCAUCAAUUUCAUCUUGAUCCGCACUGCCCUAGCCGACAGUGCCAAGUCUGUCCUGACGCCCAAGGAGAGGAACAAAGUCAGCACUUUUAUGUGUCAUGACAACACAAGACUGCUGACAGGUUUUAUGUCCUGAACCUCAGCCUGCAGGAGGCCAUCAGAAUAAGAAAUCUAAUUACUGAUGCGCUCUCCAAAGUGCCCUCCAGAGAGAAGCCAUCCUCCUCCUCAGCUGCCCACAAAAGAGCAAAAAAGGCAGGUCCAGCACCCAAGAGUACGAAAGCCAAUAGGGGAAUGGUCCAACUAGGAGGAGGAGGGAGCAGAGGGAGCAGAGGGAGGGGCACACGCACUACAGAUAAGGUCACCCAGCAAAGCAAUAAUUAAGCCCUGCUCUGUAAGAAUUAGCCCGUUCAAGACUUAUAAUCUCCUGCUCCGGCGCCAACGCCAGGCAAGUGCCAAACACCUGCUACAGCCCUAGCGUUGGGCCAGCACACACCUGCGAGACAGUUUCAUCUCAAGAGCCUGCAACCUCUCUGUUAUCAGCUGCAGCUGGGGAUGCAGCUUCUUUCUGGUUGCCCAAUGAGAUGAGGAAAACCAUCCCUGUUCAGGACCAAAGAUGCCAAUACCCUCUGUCGCUCCCGCCAACUACGCCCAGAUUUAAAGCUCUGGUAUGAGCCUCCCAGGCCAGCCCUGAUCUACCACCAGGUGCCAACACCUGAUCGUUUUUUUUCUCAUCGGCUCCUGGUGUGGAUGCCCUAUCACCAAUGGAAGGUCAGCGUGUUCUGCCGAGCUUGUGGGAAGCAUCUCACAGGUGCUGUAAUCCACAAAAGGGCUAGGAAGGUCCUGGACAUUGAUCGGUUUUACCUGCUGGUGACAGAGACACUCAGGUGCAGUGGGUGCAAUCUGACUUAUAUAUCAACAUCUCAGACCAUCCGGGAUCAGCUUGACUUGCCACACCAAAAACUGUUCCGGCUUAUCCUGACCCAAAAGUAUGCCUGUGACAUACGGGUCAUUCGCCUGAUGCGGGACCGGACUCAGGGCAACAGCUCUGCACGGCUGCUGAAACAACUGAAAGAAAAUCACGGGGAAGAAUGGCUAGAUAGGUUGGGGCACUAUUUUGAAGAGUGCUCUAACUUUGUUAAUAGGCCCAGCCUUUUUCCAGUUGUGUGCCAGGAGCCCCCAGAGCCUGCUGACGUCCCCACAGAUCGCUGGUUGCUGUCUGUGUAUGGCAGAGACAUCCUGUCUCGCAUAGACCACAUCAAGGCCAGCAUCACAUCCACCUUGGGCACCAUCUUAAAGUUGGACUCCACAAAAAGAUCACAAAGAAGCUGGCAGGACACAGCAAAGGAACGGCUCUGUGGGUGUCUUCAGUUAGCAAUGAGAUGGGCCAAAUAUUAAAUAGUGUCCUGACUGUGCAGGAAGGUCCAGGACUGGACAGGAUGGCUGCUGGCCUGAUGGAGCGGUACCGCCAGGCUGGGGUUGCACCUCCCAAGGUGCUUUAUGUGGACUGUGGCUGCUGUAAGACCGAGGGACUGAGCAAGCUACAAGCCAGGUUUGGACAGUGGCCAGAUCUCCAUAUCCGGCUUGACAUUUGGCAUUUCAUGCGGCGGCUGGCUGUAGGAUGCACAACGGAUGCUCAUCCACUGUAUCCUGCGUUCAUUAGGGCUCUGUCCUCCUGUAUCUUUGAGUGGGAUGCAGGGGACCUUGACCUACUCAGGAGAGCAAAGGCAAAGCAGCUCCAGCAAGAACAGAGACCAGGAUUAACCAACUCCAUGGUGGACAGCCAAAUCUCAAAAAAAGAGUUGAGUACUUUCUGCCACAGGAGGACUCGGGGAGAGGAAACAACUGUUCUACAAAUUGAACAACUGCUGGAGCAGCUGAGGGGCCCAAAAGGAAGAGACUUGAUGGGUGUCCCUCUGCUGGAUGAGGUGAGCAGCAUUGUCGCUCUGUGGCAGGACCUGUUGGAGUUUGACAAGGAGAGGGUGGUAUUUGCUGCAAGGCACCAAGAUAAAUUGAACACUGGAAGGUUUAGAUCCCCCCC